UUGAGUUUAUCGAUAAACGAAGAACAAAACUCACGCAAACCUACACAUUUACUUUGAACAUUUGAUGAAAAUACACAAAAGAUGUUAGCGAUGUAAAGAGGGACAGUGAAGCUAAGGAAACACGAGAGCGAUCCAGCGGAGGGAUACCAGAGUGCACAGCGGCGCAGCUGCGCAGAGCCCAGUGGAGAGAGAAUAAAUGCUGUAGUGUUGACAUAUUUAAUUUUUGCUUAAAAUAAUCACGCGUAUCGCCAUUAUGCCGGGAAUGAUGGACAAAGGGUCGGAAUAUCUAGGCAAAGGUCGCUCGAAUGGAACGAAAAGCCCGUCAAACGCCUCAAAUGGACAUUUUUCGGACGAGAGCGGCAGUGACGACGAGCACGAUGUGGGCAUGCGUGUGGGAUCAGAUUAUCAAGCUAAUAUUCCCGAAUUUGAUCCAGGCUCCACAAAAUACAGCGAUAAAGACAACGGUGGCAUGUUGGUUUGGUCUCCAUAUCACACAAUAGUUGACUCUAAACUGGAUGAGUACAUUGCAAUUGCAAAAGAAAAGCAUGGAUACAAUGUUGAGCAGGCUCUCGGCAUGCUCUUCUGGCAUAAACACAACAUUGAGAAAUCCCUUGCUGAUCUCCCAAACUUCACCCCCUUCCCUGAUGAGUGGACGGUGGAGGACAAGGUGUUGUUUGAGCAAGCGUUCAGUUUUCAUGGGAAGAGCUUUCAUAGGAUCCAGCAGAUGUUGCCGGACAAAUCCAUAUCCAGUCUUGUGAAGUACUACUAUUCGUGGAAAACGCGGUCCCGGACAAGCUUGAUGGACCGGCAAGCACGAAAGCUGGCAAACCGGAAUAACCAAGAUGAAAGUGAGGAAGAGAUGGAAGACGCCAAUCCUGUUGAGGCCAAUGACAGUGAUUAUGACCCGACAAAAGAAGCAAAGAAAGAGACUCAUGCAGAACCUCAGACACUGAGCUCCAAAAUUGGACUGGGACGGAGGGACCACCAGACCCUGCAGCACCGUCACCACACCCAGCGCUCCAAGUGCCGCCCACCUAAAGGCAUGUACCUCACACAGGAGGAUGUGGUGGCCAUCUCCUGCAGCUCCAGCGCUGCAAACUCAGUCCUGCGUCAACUGGACAUGGAGCUGGUGUCCCUGAAACGACAGGUUCAAAAUGCCAAGCAGUUAAACAGUGGGCUUAAACAGAAGAUCGAAGAUGGAAUUGAUGAAUUCAGACUGCCUGAGUGCACCCAAAAAAUUAAUGCACGCUGGACAACAGAUGAGCAGCUCUUGGCAGUACAAGGAGUACGAAAAUACGGGAAGGACUUCCAGGCUAUAGCUGAUGUGAUCGGGAACAAAACGGUGGGACAGGUGAAGAAUUUCUUUGUCAACUAUCGACGGCGCUUUAACUUGGACGAGGUGCUUCAGGAAUGGGAGGCGGAGCAGGGAACUCACACUCCCAACGGAGAUGGGGCCAACUCUGGUGAGGAUGGAAAGAACAGCAACACCUCCUCAGGAAAGAGCACAGAUGAGGAGGAGGAAGAGGGUCAGGUGACCCCAGCCUCCGGUCCAUCUCCUAUAGCCACAUCAUCAUCCCUAACAGCAGCCAGCAGCUCCACUUCUCUCAACCAACCCCCACCGCUUUUGCGUCCGUCUCUUCCUGCCACUCCAGCAUUACACCGCCAGCCACCGCCUCUGCAGCAGCAAGCCCGUUUCCUUCAGCCCCGUCCUGCCCUGAACCAGCCACCGCCACUCAUCCGACCCUCCAACCCCCUCCCUCCACGCCUCAACCCCAGACCCACAGCGCCUGUUCCCAGCACGGCUUCCGCAGCGCCGGGCCAGCAGCCGCCCACUCUGGUGGGCAUCCAGUCUGAGACACCCUCCUCCUCUCUACACUGAUGUGUUUUAUACUUGUGACAUUGCAGAUGAAGGUAAUAAUUAGCAGUUCUCAUUGUGAAUACUAGGAAAAAAAAAGAUUGUUUUAAACUGUAUAUAUUAGUUACGUAACUUUCUAUUUAUUUAAACUUUUGUUUUUUUUAUUUUAGAUUUUGUAAUCAUGUUGUAACGUUGUACUUUAAAAAGGAUAGUUCACCCAAAAAUGCAAAUUACUAUACGAUUUACUUGCCCUCAAGCCAUCCUAGAUGUAUGACUUUCUUCUUUCAGAAUACAAUCAGUUAUAUUAAAAAAAUCUCCUGGCUCUUCCAAGCUUUAUAAUGGCAGUGAAUGGGUGUUGAGAUUUUGAAGCCCAAAAAAUUGCGUCCAUACAUCAUAAAAAGUGCUCCACACGGCUCUGGAGGCAAAUCAAUGCGUUUGUGUAAGGAAAAAUAACCUUGUUUAAACUUUUAUAAACCGCAAUUUGCUUCCGCUAACUGUUCUAGCAUAAGCUGUGGAGCGAAUGUACUAGUCUCACGGGAACCAAAUUUUGUAUACAGCAAAAGAAAACCAGUCUCCUCUUGGCUUAUAUCGAAAUCCUCUUCUUACAUCCUACGUAAUCCAGGGAAACGACACUCUCCUGUGACAGUUAACAGAAACUUGAGAUUUUAAAUAUUGAUAUUUUCAUACUUAUUGGCUUCAGAGUGCAUUUAUUAACCUUCGGAGCUAUGUGGAGUACUUUUCAUGAUGCAUGGAUGCACUUUAUUGGACUUGAACAUCUCAAAACCCAUUCGCUGCCAUUGUAAAUCUUGGAAGAGCCAGGACAUUUUUAAUAUAACUUCAUUUAUAUACACCUAAGAAAGCUUGAGGGUAAGUAAAUGUCAUUUUUGGGUGAACUAUACCUUUACAUCUUUAAAAUAUUGUGUUUUAUCUCAGCACUUUUUCUUGUUGUUUCUUAUCUAUGAUGUAAUGGCAGACCUCUUUAAAUGGGUUUUGCUUGUCGUUUUGUUGUUCAUCUGUUGUGUUUGUGGUUGAUUACAGUGUCAUGUCGUUUUAUGUGUUUUGUAUUUUUAAUAUUUGGUGCUACAGACUGACAGAAAAUCACCUGUCCAGAUUCUCUUGCCAUCAAAGUGCUCUUAACAAGAAAAUAUAAUCUCAUACUUAAUUGCUAAUGAAAAUCAUAGAUUUUUUUUUUUUUUUUUU